ACUCCAGCUUCAUUCCUCCUGCACUGCACGUCGAUCCAUCCACCACUCUCCUCCACGGCUUCAGUGACCACUCUGAAGUCCUUUCAUACACUUCCACCACCCAAGACCUACCACACAGGCUCGCAAUACACGCACGAUGGCUCAGGCUCAGCGAAACAACCCCACCAUCUCCACGAAGCUGCCGGAAGAAGUCGAGACCUGCCUGCUGAAGACCCGGUUCGUCAACCUCGCCACGAGCAACGAGAAUGUGCCGCACAUUAGUCUCAUGAACUAUACCUACAUCGCCAACUCCCCCUUCGACGCCGGCCCCAUCAUCGCCAUGACGUCCCCCCCUCAGUCGCGCAAGAUCCACAACUUACAGAAGAACCCACACGUUGCACUAUCCGCCCACGACUGGGUCAGCCCGCGUCCGCUUAGCUACGGACGUGAGAAUUCUCCAGAACCGUCCGCGCUGACCGCCCUCCUCCUCGGAAUCAACAGCGCUUCGCUUUCCAAGAUCUGUGUCACAAUCAACGGCACCGCGUCCCUCGUCCCUGCCGGCUCCGAGCAGGAGAAAUGGUACAAGAAGCGCCACAUUGAGAACAACACCUUCGCCGCCGAGCAGGCCGCCAACGGGCUUGCUUCAGAAGACGCCCACGCCGCGUCCCCCGAUGGUGGCAAGGAGGCCUACAUCAAGGCGGAAGGAGUGCGUGUUCUUGUGGUUAAGAUCACCGGAGGAAGCACCGUCGACUGGCAGGGAGCCGAGCAGAAGUGGGAGGUCCGCCAACUUUCAAACGGCGUCUGAGAUUCAGGCAGGUCCGGUUCAUAGGGCGGAGUUUAUGGGCUAGCUAAUGGGAGUUCAUAUUGGGUUGAGCGAGUUAGGGAGAUGACUUCGGGGGUAUAUCCCGGGAGAACUUCAAUCCAGUGGCCAAGGGCCCAAAGGAAUGGAAAAGCGAGUAUGAUUUAAUGAUCAAUGGAAAUGACAUCUCCCUCAUCGCCCCAAGCAUGAUGUGAGGGUUCCUUCAAG